AUGGCGAGAAAAGAACCGUGGUGGAGGAUUCAUCUCUGCCAGGGCAUGAUCAAUGAUGUGAGACGUCGCGCUCCGUACUAUGUGAGCGACUGGACAGAUGCGUGGGACUAUAGAGUCGUACCGGCGACUGUAUACAUGUACUUUGCAAAUAUCUUACCAGCUCUCGCAUUUUCUCUCGACAUGUUUACCAAAACCGCAAUGAGCUUUGGCGUCAAUGAGGUUCUGCUUGCAUCUGUUCUCGGUGCUGUCGUUUUUGCUGUCUUUGCUGCUCAGCCACUGGUCAUUGUUGGCGUCACAGGACCCAUCACGGUCUUCAACUACACAGUCUACGACAUCAUGACACCGAGGGGGACGAAUUAUUUUGCCUUCAUGUGCUGGAUUGGCAUUUGGUCCCUGAUAAUGCACACCAUUCUCGCCAUCACAAACUCCUGCAACGCCCUCCGCUACGUAACCCGUUUCUCAUGCGACAUCUUCGGCUUCUACGUCGCCCUGAUCUACCUCCAGAAAGGCAUCCAGGUCCUCACCCGCCAAUGGGCCUCCGGCGACGCCUCCGCCUACCUCUCCAUCGUCGUCGCUCUCCUCGUCACCGCCGUCGCCUACCUCUGCUCCCUCAUCGGCACCAGCUCCCUCUUCCACCGCGUCGUGCGCAAAUUCAUCGAAGACUACGGCACCCCGCUCACAAUCAUCUUCUUCACCGGCUUCGUGCACAUCGGCCGCAUGCGCACCGUCGAAACCGAAAAACUCCCCGUCUCACGCGCCUUCUACCCAACCCAGGACCGCAGCUGGCUCGUGCCCUUCUGGGCCGACAUCAGCGUCCCAGACAUCUUCAUCGCCCUGCCCUUCGCCCUCCUCCUCACCAUCCUCUUCUGGUUCGACCACAACGUCUCCUCGCUCAUCGCCCAGGGCACCGAGUUCCCCCUCCGCAAACCCGCCGGCUUCCACUGGGACAUCUUCCUCCUCGGCAUCACCACCUUCGUCGCCGGCCUCCUCGGCAUCCCCUUUCCCAACGGCCUCAUCCCGCAAGCCCCCUUCCACACCGCCUCCCUCUGCGCCACCCGCACCAUCGCCUCCUCCUCCUCCUCCCCAUCACCCACCAAACCCGACCAUCCCCACACCACUAAACGCAUCACCUCCCACGUCGUCGAACAGCGCGCGUCAAACCUCGCCCAAGGCCUCCUCACCCUCGGCACCAUGACCGGGCCCCUCCUCACCGUCCUCCACCUCAUCCCCCAGUCCGUCCUCGCAGGCCUCUUCUUCACAAUGGGCAUCCAAGCCCUCCAAUCCAACCCCAUCACAACCCGCAUCCUCUACCUCCUCACCUCCCGGCCCCUCCUCCCACAUGGUUCCCCCCUAAACUCACUGUCCCGCCGCAGCAUCGCAUGCUUUACCGCAAUCCAAUUGCUUGGCUUCGCGGCUACGUUUGCGGUCACGCAGACGAUUGCCGCGGUCGGGUUCCCGUUGGUGAUUCUGGGGCUUAUUCCGUUGCGGACGUGGGUUUUGCCGCUGUGGUUUGUGCGUGGGGAGUUGAUGGUCUUGGAUGAGGCGACGGCGAGUGCGUUUACGAUGGUUAGUUGUGGGGGGAUUCAUGGGGCGAGUGGGACCGAGGUGGGGGACGAGGAGGAGGUGGGAGAGGGCCGGGACGUGGAAAGCGGUGGUGGAGGAAGCGGGUCAGGGGAGAAAAGGGGGGAGGAAGGAGGGGUUGUGAAUAGGGGUGGAUUUAAGGGGGAUGCAGGAGAGGCCAAAUGA